AUGCCCAACUUGGACAAUGCAUCUUCAAACACGGGCUCUUUUGAGAAAAGUUUGAAUGCAACUUUUAUUGCUCUUAUUCCGAAGAAGGGAGAGGCAAUGGAUGUUAGAGACUUCCGCCCUAUUAGUUUGGUGGGAUGUUUUUACAAGUUGAUUGCGAAAGUCUUGGCCUCUAGGUUGAAGAAGGUGAUGGAUGGUGUCAUUUCUGACUCUCAGAAUACAUUUGUGGGAGGUUGGCAAAUCUUAGAUUCAGUUCUUAUUGCUAUUGAAUGUGUUGAUUCCCGCUUGAGCAGCGGUGUUCCUGGUGUUCUUUGCAAGCUAGAUAUUGAAAAGGCAUACGAUCAUGUGAGCUGGAGUUUCCUUCUCUACCUGUUAGAGAGGAUGGGUUUUGGUGGGCGGUGGAGGAGAUGGAUUCUUUUUUGCAUCUCUAGCGCUCGUGUCUCUGUCCUUGUGAAUGGAGCGCCGACGGGUUUCUUUUCUAGCUCGAGGGGCUUGAGACAAGGGGAUCCGCUUUCCCCUUUCCUGUUCCUUUUUGUGAUGGAGGCUCUUAGCAGAUUGCUGAAGAGGGCUGUGGAGCUGGGUUUUUUGAGAGGCUUUCGGGUGGGCAGGGAUGUUGCUUGUCAAUUGGAGGUUUCUCAUUUGAUGUUUGCAGAUGACACAAUUGUGUUUUGUGAUGCGGAUGCGUCCCAGCUGAGGUAUUUGAGAUGUGUUCUGAUUUGGUUUCAAGUUGUUUCUGGCCUUAAGAUUAAUGUUGGCAAGAGUCUUCUUGUGCCUGUUGGGGAUGUUCCGGAGAUUGAGUUGAUUGCCUUUGGGUGCCCCUUCGAGAUGUGUGGGGAGCUGGGAUCCGGUUGUGGACAGAUUCGAGAGGAGGUUGGCGGGUUGGAAAAAGCAAUUCCUUCUUCAGUGGCUGAGAGAAUUGAAAGAUUGCAGUGCAACUUUCUUUGGGGGGGAAAAGGAGAAGGGUUCAAGUUUCACUUGGUUCGGUGGGAUCAAGUGUGUCGUCCAAUUCGGUUUGGAGGCUUAGGGUUUCGGAGGUUGUUGCCUUUUAAUAAGGCUCUCCUUGGUAAAUGGCUCUGGAGGUUUGGGAUCGAGAGGCAUUGGUUAUGGAGGAAAGUUAUUGCUAGCAAAUUUGGGGAAAGUCGUGGUGGGUGGUGCUCUCUGGUGAUGUGUGGUCCUAGGGGGGUGGGAGUUUGGCAUUUCAUUCGGAGGGGUUGGGAUGACUUCUGCAAGCAUGUUCGUUUUCGUAUGAAAGAUGGAAGGAGGAUCAGUUUUUGGAAGGAUCUCUGGUGUGGGGAACUCCCUCUUGCUCUUGCGUUCCCACGGCUUUAUAGGAUUGCUUCUCAUCGACAGGCCAUGGUUGUUGAAUGUUAUCAUCUUGAUAACGGGAGACUGUCUUGGGAUGUUCAGUUCAGGAGGCAUUUUCAGGAUUGGGAAAUCGAGGAUGUUUCUCGUUUUUUAGAGCUGUUGUAUAGCCAGGUGAUUUCUUUUGGGGAAUCGGAUGGGUGGUUCUGGAUUCCUAACUCACAAGGCCGUUUUGAGGUUAGGUCCUGUUUCAGAUGCCUUUCGGUUGGUUAUGGAGAUCCCUUCCCUUGGAAGUCUAUUUGGUGGUCCAAGGCUCCCCACAAGGUUGCCUUUUUUGCUUGGACCUCUGUCCUGGGUAAGAUUUUAACCCAGGAUAAUCUGAGGAGGAGGAAUCAGGUGGUGGUCAAUCACUGUUACAUGUGUUUGUGUAAUGAGGAGUCUGUUAAUCACCUCCUUUUACAUUUUAGCAUGGCCAGAGAUUGUUAG